AUGUAUUCAGGUGGUCCAGUUCCCUGGGAAACAGCAGUGGAGCGACAGGCACGUCGACGCAGUGCAGCCGCGGAAGAGCACGAUGUCAAUGUCGUCGAUGAAACAAACGUGUCCGUCGUCAUUCUCCAGCAAUGGUCCUUGCUGCCCACAUGGUGGGCAGCUUCAGAAGAAAAGUGCAGCAUCGGCCUGGCUGGGCGCUUUGUUUUUUCCUUUGCUGCUGCCGGCGAGCCUGGGCCUCCGCAAACAGCGCAGUUUGGACAGCAGGUUGCCCUGCCUAUCCUGAAACGCAUCUUCCGAAUUGUGCUGCGAACCUUGGGGCCACACUCUCCACUGCCCACCGAUAGCCCUCUGCUGAGUUGGGUCGCAGACGCCGAAGGAUUGCAGGCCGUGUACGAGUUUCGGCUGCUGUGUUCUGAUCUAACCAAAACUCUCGACAUGGACGAGACCUUUGCGUCUUGUGUCAACAAGUCUGGCUACUGGCUGACGACUAUUGCUUUUUGGACAAGCGUCCUGAGCCAGGUCUGGCCGCGCGCAGCAGGCGGCCGAGACGAUGUCGUUCUACAUGCACAAGUGCAGCGUGACUCGUUGAAGCUUGCCAUGGAGUUCUUUACUUCCAGGUUUUUGCAAGGUGCAGCAGUGCUUUCUGCAGAUGUGCGCGGUCGCACCUGGGUCAGGAAGCGGCCGCCUUGCAUCGCCAAAGCGAGCCAGCGGUGGAACCUCGCUGCAUUGCUGCUUCUCAAGAGUUCGUGCGGUGUCAGCAUAACAGCAGCCGUGGCCCAAAGAGCAGGCCCGAUGUUCCGCGGCCUUGCAGCAAGCCCCGGAACGGCGACCCGCGCAGCAGCGGAAGCGGCUUAUGUGGAAGCCCUGGAGUAUCUGCGCGUGCGGGGGUUUGGGGUUGUGCAGCCAGCCCUCGACGGCAAGCUCCCUGUGUUCCUGAAGAGACACUAUCAGUCUUUGCCGCAGUCUUCCAGAGAGCAGCUGGCCCAAGCGCACGUGCCAGGAACCGUGUUUGGUUUGCAUAUUGCAGAAGCAAGUUGCGCUCGCCCAGGCGCCGACGCAGCAGCAUUCUCAGUCGGCUUGGCUGCGCCCGACGCAGCAGCCCCCGUGGGCAGCUUGGCUACGGUCGCGCUCGCGGAGGACAACACCGAAGUCAUUGGAAAGACAACAAGCAGCUCCGACAGCAAGCCGCUAAAUCGGCAAGCUUCUGCAGCAGGCAAACGCGCGGGCAUUUCGGGUGCAAGCAUUCCAGACAAGGCUGGCAAGGAUUGCCUCAGUUCGUCAACGCCUCGUGAAGCGGCGGAAGAAGCAACAGUGCGUGAUGCUCGCGAACAAGACCGCGACGAAGACCUGGGCGCGACCUGGGAGGUAAUCCACCAGGGCCCGGUGGACAUGUGCAUCCAGAGCUACACGAGCUUUCGAGAAGCAGUGGAGCAGGUACUAGGCUUGAGCAAAGACGCAGGCAUCUAUGAUUUCCACGAUCUGGGGCUGGAGCGUGGUGUACGCAGAUUGAAAGGCGCGUGCCGGCCUGAAGCCUGCAAAGGAUGCACGCAGCGGGUGCGUGCAGAAUUUGGCUUUGAAGCCGGGCGGCCGAGUCUGAAGGUUCGCACGAGGGGCAAGCAUGGGGAACUUGCGAAGCCAACUGGUGGAUCUCUGUGGACAGUGGCCGAGGAAGUGGCGAUCCGCAGAAGCUGUAAAGAUGCAGAAACCCUCACGAGUGUGAAUGUUCGCCAGUGUCUGAAGCAGGCGGGGCUAAAGCUUCGAUGCGAAUCACGGCAGCUUCACCAAUGGGUGACAAGACAAAAAGCCAAGCUAGGAGUGCAGACGAAGCGAGGGCCAACGUCUGUUCGGGCAGGGGAACUACAAAUUGCGGCGGCCCCUUUCCUGCUCAAAGAUCUUGGAACGUGGGAAACGCUGCCUUUGCAUAAGCUCUUCGUCUUGCAGGAUCCAGCACCUACCUUCAAUGAAGAGCGUGUCUGCGUCGCGUGGACUUGCCCAGGCAUGCUGCGGCGGGCUCGUGCCGCGCAAGGAAAGGUGAUCAAGCUGGCCAUCGACGGAAAGCAAAGCAUCCUCAUCAACGACUAUACCGUCGUGACCGUCAGUUUUCUGGUGUGCAGUGAGCAGGUCAGACCGACAAGACAAGGCGGUGCCAGGACAGGCAGUCGCCAGAACGCUCACACCCUGACCCAGGAGCCGUUAGCCCAGGCGCUCAUGAACACGGAAAAGGAAGCCAACAUUUCGCAGUUCCUACGCACGCUGGAAAACGUGGCUAGCAAAUGCUGCGGCCUUGACCUAAGCUACCAGGUCUGGCAAGUCCACAAAGACUACGCCAAAGGCAUCGAGGCGUCCCGCAUCAAUGUAUUCCCUUGUGCACGACCGUGCGAUGACUACCCACAUAUGCGGAGAGCAUCGCAUAGCGUGCUCGCGAGCCUGCUCUCGCCGAAGAUUCCGUCGGAGCCUCAGAAGUUCUUAGAAGCCAAAGUCACGAGGCAGAACAGUUCCGCAGCAGAGGACGAAAGCAAUGCAAGGCGGUCGAAGCCAGCCGAGACGAAGCCUUUGCAGCUGCUGGAGAGAGUGAUUCAACUGAGUCGGUUCUUGCCGACUGUUGUUCUGUUUGAUGCGGUGUGGCAGCUAACUUUUUCGUGGUUGGAGACCGUCAGCAAGAAAGCCGCGACCUACUUGAAGCAGACGUACUUUCACAAAGUGCCAGUCUCGAGCCUUCGCAAGCAGAUGCAUGUAGGGCAGCCAGUGGGAAAGUCCGCGGAUGCCAGUUGCUGGUUCGCCGGCUUCUGGGCAGGCGUAACUGGCACAUACCCAGGAACUGGGUCCGGGACACAGUCGCUGGAGAGCUUUCACGCAUACUGGCAGGCGCAGGUCCGGUCCAAGGUAAGGACAGCUCCGACCGACAUAUUCCGAGCAAUGGAAGAUUUGUACAAGACCGACUGGUGCAAGAAGUUCAUGUGGGAGGAGGCGCGAAGCUUCUUGACGUGGCCAGACCGUCCUGCGCUGGACCUCUUAAACAGCACCAUGCUGCGUACUGCUGGACGGUCGCCUGCGGCAGACUUUUGGGGUCAGCGGGCGAAGAAGCUGACGGGUCUGCGUAAUCAUUUCAAGAUCUGGCGCCGCACAGACAAGGCCAAGGGCCAGGACGGCAUAACGACUUUCUGGGUCAUGCGGUGCCAACGCCACCAGGACCAAAUGCCUGCUGAUGCAAGCAUCGACCAAUCCACCGCCGAGACUUUUGCAGACCUGCUGACCCUGGACGGCACAGAACUGCAGCGGCUGCUGACCAGGUGCGGUGUGGCAGAGGGAGACGCAAACAAGCAGCGGCUGAAUGCGAAUGCGCUCGACAAGCUCCUGGGCGUACACUGCGCAGUCUUUCGAGGCCACCUGGCCGAUUCCCUCUGGCCGCGUGUGCGACGUCGGCUGCAAACCCCACUGCCAUCCACGCUCUGCACAUGCAUCGAGUUCAUGCAGCACGCAGAGUGCGAACACAUUGUCUUCGUGAAGGCAUUGGAAGGGGAUGCAGAUGCAGAGAAUCUGAAUGAGGUUCCUAUCCUGCGAAAAAGAGGACGUAAGCCCAAGCGGAAGGCAGACGCGGAGAUGAAGUCUGCAUCUGCGGCAAAGCGUCGCAGGCAGCAGAAGUAA